AAUGGACGAAGGGCUGUACAUAAAUCCCGAGAUGACUUGCAUCAAAUCCUGGGGAACGACUUCUUCGACUCCACCAUCACCUACAGUUUGCCAGCCUUACCAAGCCCUAUUGAACCUCGACAAUGGCGCCAGCUUUCGCCCAAGACAUUGCCAACGGUAUCGACAAUGAUUCCCGUUCCACCAUCUUCGCGAAAAAGGGGACGGACGUGAAAGCCAUGGCGGUUGGCACGCAGAACAAGAACGGCAAAGCCAUCCUUCCGACAAUCCCCGAGUUCAAGACGAAGGGGGAGGAACAGAAGUACUGCAAGGAACACCUCGCUUGUGCGUUCCGUGUCUUCGCAGAUCAGGGCUUCGACGAGGGUGUGGCGGGUCAUAUGUCGCUGCGCGACCCUAUCCAUCCUGAUCGCUUUUGGAUUAACCCAUAUGCCAUCCAUUUCGCCGACAUCAAAGUAUCCGACCUCGUUUGCGUCGACGAAAACGCUCAAGUUAUCGAGGGCCAACAUGCCGUCAACGCCGCAGGCUUCGCCAUCCACUCGGAAAUCCACAAAGCACACCCACACAUAAACGCGGUCUGCCACGCACACACCGUCUACGGAAAGGCCUAUUCCGUCUUCGGUAAACCCUUGCCCCCGCUAAUGCAGGACUCCCUCCGCUUCUACGACUCGCAUUCCGUUAACAAGGCCUAUGGCGGCGUUGCCCUCUCCUCCGAGGAAGGGAAGGCCAUCGCUUCGACACUGCGACUUCAGGAUAAAGUGUGUAUCCUGCAGAACCAUGGAUUGCUCUCCGUCGGUGAGACCAUUGACGAGGCGGCGUACUGGUUCCUGUGCUUUGAGAAGUGCUGCCAGGCUCAGUUGGCGAUUGAUGCCGCGGUUCGCUCGGGCGGGCAGGAGCAACCCAAGUAUGUGGAUCAUGAGACUGCGCUUUAUACUGCUGAGCGGUCGGGAGCGAGGUAUCCCGGUUGGUUGAAUUUUCAGCCGUAUUAUACUAACAUGCUGAAGAGGACGAAUGGAGAUUUCUUGCUGUAGGGGGGUGGGGCGGUCCGAUAGAUAUAACUCCGUAUGCGAGUUUCUCUGUGGCUAUUACGCUUGUUAUUCGCGACUUCUGUUUAAUGAACAUGGUGUAUAUUCAGCUGGAUCAGACAAUACUCCUCUCUUAUUCUAGCCGCUUUGCCUGCCUUUACUUUAUCCGUCCCUACA